CUUUUAGUUUCUGUACAUCCAAAUAUUCUAUGCUCUGAAAAAAAAAAAUCAAGCUUUCCAUCAAAAUAUCAAAUGACGACUCUUCUAGGAUCACUGCAAAUAAGCUUCCAUCAUCCCCGUACGUCAUUAUCAGCAAAGGCAGCUACCUCUUCUUCCUUUUCCUCUAUCUGUGCUCUCAGUUCCAAAAAGCUUGGUUUCACAUCAUCGUUAUCACAGAAACACAGUUUCUUAAACCCACUCAUUUUGGAUAGCAAUGUUAAGUAUGUUGAAGUUAGACGAAGAAGAAGAAGCUCGGUUCGGAUGUCAUGGGACGGACCGCUCUCCUCUGUUAAAUUGAUAAUUCAAGGCAAAAACUUGGAGUUGACGGAUAGAGUGAAAAAUCAUGUGGAAGAGAAGGUGGGCAAGGCAGUUCAAAAGCAUAGCCAUCUCGUCCAAGAAGUCGAUGUUAGGUUGUCUUUUAGAGGUGGAGAGUUGGGGAAAGGCCCAAGGAUUCGUAGAUGCGAGGUGACCUUGUUUACCAAGAAGCAUGGAGUGAUUCGGGCAGAGGAAGAUGCUGAGACAAUAUAUGCGAGUAUUGACUUGGUGUCAUCAAUCAUACAAAGAAAGUUGAGGAAGAUUAAGGAGAAGGAGUCUGACCGUGGCCGGCAUAUGAAGGGUUUCAACAGAUUGAAGGUGAGGGAGCCAGUGGCAGAAGCAGUGAAAGAUGAUGUAGAUGGAGUUCCCCAACAUGAGGAUGAGGACUAUAUUGAUGAGGUUGUUCGGACAAAAUAUUUUGACAUGCCACCUUUAACUGUCUCUGAAGCCAUUGAGCAGCUAGAAAAUGUUGAUCAUGAUUUCUAUGGUUUCCGGAAUGAAGAAACUGGUGACAUUAAUAUUGUUUAUAAACGAAAAGCUGGAGGAUAUGGUCUUAUCAUACCUAAAGGAGAUGGUAAGGCUGAGAAAUUGGAGCCAUUGGUUGUUGAACCAGCUAAAGAGCCAUCCUUGGCAGACUAGCUAAGCCUAUUGAAGGAAGUUCUUUUUGCAAAUUAGAUUAGACAUGCCAUGUCUGGCAAUGGUGUAUAUAAGGCCAAGGCAAGCGAAGAGGGCACUGUAUAGGAGUUGAGGUUGGGUUAAUACAAACUAAUUAUUAAGAUGGGUUUAAAAUGUCUGUAUUGUUGAUUAAUUUUUGGAUGAGAAGCACUCUGAUAUCCCAACUUACAGGGACGAAGAUUACAUUA